AUUUUCCAUUUCCCUUUCUUCUCUCUUCUGUCCUCCGACUCGUGGAGCUUUUGUGGAUUGAGGCGUCGCGCAAGCUGUGGUUUUCCUUGGCUCUCACGAGCCCCCUCCCCUUUCUCUCCGAAAAAACAAGCACUAAAAGUGAAGGAGAUAUCGAGAGAGAAACCAAAACCAAAGCAGAAAAAAAUCUCUGGUUUCUUUCGUCCAAUUUCCAUCUUUUCGUCGAAUUGGAUCCCGGAGUUCGUCUCCCGACCUUCUCCUGAGAAGAUCGGUAGCGCUUUCGCUUCCAUUUGACCUCCAUUUCGCUGAAAAAAUACUUUUUUUGGUUGGCGAAUGGAAGAGAGAGGGCUGGGGAGGAGGCGGUGAGGACGGUGGAGAAGCGAGGGAGGGAGAAGGAUGCUGUAUUUGAAGCAGCCGAGGGGGAAUCUAGGGGUCCGGCGGACGGCGGCGUGGUGAACUCGGUGGAGGGAUUGGAUGUGCGAGUGAUCUGGCCCGAGCCCACGGCUCGGGAUCCGGACGGAAUGGCAGCGGAGAACCGGGCGGGGACUCGGAUCGCCGACGAGCCGGAUGCCGCGAGCUGCUAUCUCCAGAAAUUUAGUCUCUACGAGACUCGAUCGAAAUUCUAUAUGAUUGGAAGAGACAAAAGUAGAACAUUAUGGAAAGUGUUAACGAUAGAUAGAUUAGAGCCUUCAGAGCUGAACAUCCGUGAGGACUCCACCACAUACUCGGAAAGUGAAUGUCAAGACCUGUUGAGGCGAAUACAUGAAGGAAAUAGAUCUACUGGUGGACUAAGAUUUGUCACCAAUUGCUAUGGCAUAGUUGGUUUUAUUAAGUUCUAUGGGCCAUAUUACAUGUUGCUUAUAACCAAAAGAAGGCAAAUUGGUGCCAUAUGUGGCCAUACAGUGUAUGCUGUCACCAAAACUGAAAUGAUUGCACUUCCAAAUUCUACCGCGCAACUCAAUAUGGCUAAUUCUACAAAUGAGAACAGAUAUAAGAAGCUCCUAUGCACAGUGGAUCUUACAAAGGAUUUCUUUUUCAGCUACUCAUACCAUGUUAUGCGUAGCCUUCAAAAGAACUUAUCCGAUAAUCAGACAGGACAUGUUUUAUAUGAAACAAUGUUUGUGUGGAAUGAGUUCUUGACACGUGGAAUACGAAGCCAUCUCAAAAAUACUCUUUGGACAGUUGCACUUGUCUAUGGGUUCUUUAAACAAGCCAAACUCUCAAUAUCGGGAAAGGAUUUCUGGUUGACACUCAUUGCUAGGCGUUCACGUCAUUAUGCUGGCACCAGAUACCUCAAGCGUGGUGUUAAUGAGAAAGGUAGAGUAGCAAAUGAUGUUGAGACAGAACAGAUUGUUUUUGAAGACACUCCUGGAGGAAUUCCGACACAAGUCAGUUCCGUCAUCCAGAAUAGGGGUUCCAUACCCCUUUUUUGGUCACAGGAAACUUCGCGGCUGAACCUCAAACCUGAUAUUAUAUUGCAGAAAAAGGACAAAAAUUAUGAAGCUACCAGGCUUCAUUUCGAGAAUUUAGAAAAAAGAUAUGGAAACCCAAUCAUUAUUUUGAACUUGAUUAAGAAAUACGAGAAGAAACCUCGAGAAUCUAUACUUCGUGCAGAAUUUGCUAGUGCAAUUGAUGCUAUAAAUAAAGAUCUGUCAGAGGAAAAUUGUUUGAGAUUCUUACAUUGGGAUCUUCAUAAACAUUCUCGGAGAGCUAUAAAUGUGCUUACAUUGUUGGGUAAAGUGGCAGCUUAUGCUUUGAAUUUAACAGGCUUCUGUUACUGUCAAGUUACACCAGCUUUAAGGCUUGAGGGUGCUUUAAAAUGGCCUAGCCUAUCGAACGACAAUGUUGGUCACUGGUCAUUUAAUAAUCACAAAAGCAGCAACAACACGAAUGAUAACCAUGAUGAUGCUGAGAUCGCAGCUGAUGGAUACCAGGAAGAUAAUGCAGUGAGCUCUGAUAUCUCUGGACCUUCAACCGCAGAGGAUAAAGCGAGAAGUAGUGAAAAUUGCUUGGUUAAGCCACCUAUGUUUCAAAAGGGCAUCCUGCGCACAAAUUGCAUAGACUGCUUGGAUCGCACUAAUGUUGCACAAUAUGCCUAUGGUUUAGCUGCUCUCGGGCAUCAACUACAUGUCUUAGGCUUAAUAGACAUUCCCAAAAUUGAUCUAGAUUCUCCUCUGGCUGAUGAUUUAAUGAGGUUUUAUGAGACGAUGGGCGACACACUUGCUCUACAGUAUGGUGGUUCUGCUGCUCACAACAAGAUAUUCUCUGAGAGAAGAGGUCAAUGGAAGGCAGCAACCCAGUCUCAAGAAUUCUUCAGAACACUUCAAAGAUAUUACAGCAAUGCCUACAUGGAUGCUGAAAAACAAGAUGCAAUAAACUUAUUCUUGGGCAACUUCCAGCCUCAACAGGGUAAACCAGCACUGUGGGAGCUGGACUCUGAUCAGCAUUGCAAUAUAGGGAAACAUGCUUAUGCUGUUGCUGAUGAAAAUGAAAGGUCAUUUUUCAAAAGAUCCCUGUCAGAUGGCAAUAUUCUGCGUGGAAACAAUACACCCUCCAGCUGUAAUGUUAGCAGGAAAAAGCUCCCUAACUCAGCUUUGUCUGAUAGAAAGCAUCAAGUGGGAGAUGCCAAGGGUCUGUCUGAUUCAACACCAGAUAUUUCAACCUGUGGAAGUGACGUAUCAUAUUCCAGGUACACUCCCACAAUGUCUCGCAGACAGCUUUUUGCAGAUAAUGAGCAUAGUUCUUUCUGUGAAAAUGGGGAUUCAAAUUUCCUGGACCUUGAUUGGCUUUCAUCUUCUGGUAAUUCAUGCGAGGAGGAAAUUUAUGAAAGGUUCCCAAACAUGAACUCUCCAAGUGAGAAUCUGUCCACCGAAAAUGUCAUCAAUGGCAUAGCUACUGAGACAACACCACCUUUAAGUGAGAAUGGGACUGGCAUAAAGAGAAAGCAGACAACUGAGGUACAAAUGGUCAAUGAAGCUGCCCAAAAUUCCGAUGUUCUCCAUGAGUAUUCUGACAGCUUCGUGCGUUGGGUGAUCCAGGGAGAUGCUCUAUGUCACUGAUGCAGGAAAAUUUAGGUAAUGCCCCAUCUGACCCUCAGCAUCCAGAUGUCGGUCCCUCAAAAAUUUAGCAAAAUGAUUAGGAAAGGGGACAAAUUACAUGUUCAAGGUGGACAUUCUUGUAAGAUAUCCCUGCCCAUAUGUCGUUCUUUUCAGCCGUGUACAAUUGUGUUAAUUUGGUUAAAAAGUGCUGUCUUCAGUAAUAGUCUGAUAGAAGAAUGAGUACAUAGGUAUAAUUCUUUCGGAUCUCUGUUUACAUUUGUUCCACCCUCAAUAUGCCAUCAUGUAAAUAUUCACAUAUAUUUGCUCAUUCGAGCACAACAUUUAUGGCAGCAAUUUUUCCCUCUUACCAAUUUUGGUU